AUGGACAUCAAACGAUAUUUCUUUGGCCAGUCCAACAACAUAAUUGUCGACUAUGUAAUUGGAAUCGCGUCUAAAUCAAAGUCCCAAGACGCCCUCUUUGGUCAGCUACGAGACUCUGGUCUUCCAGAUACUCCAGAAGCACAUGCGUUCACGAAACAUGUCUUUGACAACGCCCCUCGUAAAAAAUCUGGCAAGAAGGACACAGUAAACGCUGCGCGCAAGCAGCAUGAACGAGACCUUGCCGCCAUGCAGACCCAAAAGUUUGGCCUUAUGCUCGACGAGGAGGUGCCUGCGUUACCAGCAGUCAAAUCGAACAAAAACGGGAAGAAGGAGAGAAGUACUCGCAAAAGGGACACGGACACUCGUGAUUGGGACGAUGACGAAGAGGAGCAGGCCCUGCGAAGACGACGGCGUGAAGAAAGGGAGAAGGAACUACUCCAGCGAGUCGGUCACCCCUCGAAUCGAUCGGAUGGUGCCAACGAUGAUCGGGCAGAUGCUAUGGACGAGGAAGAAGAGGAUGAGGACACUCGGAAAGAAAAGGAGCGAGAGCGGGAUCUCAAGGAGAGGGACGAAUUCUCGGAGAGACUACGGCAACGAGAAAAGGAUAAGCAGAAGAAAGUCGUCGAGGACCGCUCGUCCAAAUCCGCUGGCGCGGCAGAAGCCGCAGCGAGACGGCAAUUGGCCAAUGAUCCACAGGCUAGGGAUGCUGCCAUGCCUAUUCUUCGUAUCAGAUCACGACAAGAGUACCUCACAAAACGUGAGCUCCAGCAAGUCGAGCUCUUGCGAAGAGAGAUCCAGGACGAGGAGAACAUGUUCCGAGGCAUGAAGAUCACGGAGCGAGAACGCGCCCAAUUGGAGCAUAAGAAGGAGGUUCUCCGUCUUGCAGAAGAACGGAUGAAGAUCGACGAUCGAUACGAUGGUUAUCAACUACCUGAGGAUUACUUCACCUCCCAAGGCAAAAUUGACAAGAAGAAAAAAGAGGAGGUUCUAUACAGGCGAUAUGAGGAGGCAAAGGAAAACAAGCCGGAAAACUUUGUGACGGACGUUGACCAGUGGGAGCAGCGACAAACCAAUGCAAGCACUUUCAAGACAGGAGCUUUGGAUAAGGAGGAGAUUGUCGAAGACUUUGACUACGUCUUUGAUGAAACUCAGGCGAUACAGUGGGUCAUGGACAAUGCGCUCGCCGGAGAAGUCGAUCCCAAGCAAGCAGAGAUUCAAGCUCUUCUUGAUGCUGCAGAGAAGCGAGCCAAGUCUAUUGAUGAAACUCGGAAAUCUCUACCUAUCUACACCUACCGUGAAGAACUUAUUCAAGCGAUAGGCGAGCAUCAGGUCUUGAUCGUUGUAGCGGAAACCGGCUCGGGGAAAACCACUCAACUCCCGCAAUAUCUGUAUGAAGCUGGAUACUGUGACCAGGGCCUCAUGGUUGGGUGCACUCAGCCUCGUCGAGUCGCCGCCAUGAGCGUAGCAGCACGUGUGGCAGAGGAAGUCGGAACCCGGCUGGGAGACAAAGUUGGAUACUCGAUUCGUUUCGAGGAUUGCACCAGCGACAAGACCGUCCUGAAAUACAUGACGGAUGGUAUGCUCCUUCGAGAGUUUUUGACCGAACCGGAUCUUGGUGCAUACUCGGCAUUGAUCAUCGACGAAGCCCACGAGCGUACCCUGAGCACGGAUGUCCUGUUUGGCCUGGUCAAGGAUGUAGCAAGAUGGAGACCUGAGUUGAAGCUGCUGAUAUCGAGUGCUACUUUGGACGCUGAAAAGUUUUCAACCUACUUCGAUAAUGCGCCCAUCUUCUAUGUUCCCGGUCGUCGAUAUCCCGUGGACAUUCUGUAUACACCACAGCCAGAGGCAAAUUAUCUUCACGCUGCCAUCACGACCGUAUUCCAAAUACACACUACCCAGCCAAAAGGCGACAUCCUGGUUUUCUUCACCGGUCAGGAAGAGAUUGAAGCUGCUGCCGAAAAUCUAGAGGAGACCAUGCGUACGUUGCAAAACAAAGUCGCAGAGAUGGUUGUUUGUCCCAUCUACGCCAACCUCCCGAGCGAAAUGCAGGCCAAAAUUUUCGAGCCCACGCCUCCAGGGGCUAGAAAGGUUGUACUGGCUACAAACAUUGCCGAGACAUCCAUCACCAUUGAUGGUGUUGUAUUCGUGAUUGACCCGGGUGUGGUUAAACAAGACUCUUUCAAUCCGAAGACGGGCAUGUUUGCGCUUACGAUUGUCCCGUGUUCCAAAGCUUCCGCGAAUCAAAGAGCAGGUCGUGCGGGUAGAGUUGGACCAGGCAAGGCUUUCCGACUCUAUACAAAGUGGGCAUAUCAGAAUGAGAUGGACGCCAACACCACACCCGAGAUCCAGCGUACCAACUUGAACAUGACAGUGCUACUCCUGAAAUCCUUGGGAAUCAACGAUCUCAUUGGAUUCGAGUUCAUGGAUCCGCCGUCGACGGACACGCUGAUAAAAUCAUUGGAGCUGCUCUAUAUGCUCGGCGCCUUGAAUGACAAGGGAGAACUCACCAAGAUGGGCCGACGCAUGGCAGAAUUUCCUAUUGAGCCGAUGAUGAGCAGAGCCAUUCUCGACAGCGAAGCCAGAAACUGCACAGAAGAGGUCUUGUCGAUUAUCGCAAUGUUGGGAGAGUCGGGUUCCUUAUUCUACCGACCCAAGGAUAAGAAGAUGCAUGCAGACAAGGCCAAACAGAACUUUUAUCGUUCUGGUGGUGAUAUGUUCAUGCUACUCAACAUCUGGGAACAAUGGGUCGAGACUGGUUACUCUCAGUCAUGGUGCUACGAAAAUUACCUCCAGUUCAAGACGCUUUCGAGAGCGCGCGACGUCCGGGACCAACUUGCUGGCCUAUGCGAACGCGUGGAGAUUGUACCUCAGUCCAAUCCAAACUCGAACGACAUUACUCCUAUACAGCGAGCGCUAGUCGCUGGUCUCUUCCAUUAUUCCGCUCAGCUGCAGAAGAGCGGCGACUCCUAUCGUACCACCAAAAGUCACCAAACCGUCUACAUCCAUCCGUCAUCGAGCUUGUUCAACAAUCAACCUCCUGUUCGAACCAUUGUCUACUACGAGCUCGUCAUGACUUCAAAGUCGUAUCUACGACAGGUCAUGGAGGUCAAACCUCAAUGGUUGGUGGAAGCUGGUCCUCAUUUCUUCAACGCAAACGAUGUCGAACAAAUGGCUACCCAGGAAAAGAAAAUGCCAAAUCAACGUGCUCGAAAUGUCGCCUCGGUGGUUGGCCCCUCGCUCAAUUAA